AUGCGGGCGGUUCGCGUCGUGACCGGCCGGAGGGGUAAGCCGGUGCGGAAGAGGGGGGGUGGCUACGCGGCGAGAACAAAGGGCCGCAGUUCAAACGUGCCGCCGCGAUGCCCGCUAAUAAGCAAUAAACAAGGGGGCGGGCUUGUCCGGCGGCGACCACGGGACGACGACGGCACCUCUCCGCGCCGGCUCAGUCACGACACCGGCCACGAAUACGCCACUUUGCACCAACUACCGCGUCAAUCAAACGCCCCGGCCGCACGCGAUUAUUCGCGCGCCGUCCACGCGGAACGCCGCUCGGAAUUUGCGUUC